CCAUAGCUGCACCCAUACACAAAGUAACAAAUUUAACAAAAAAAAAUAGAAAAAAUUUUAAAUGGGAAAAGCCACAACAUGAAGCAUUUUUACAAUUGAAACAGUUCUUAAUAACUUCUCCAUUAUUUCUUGACUAUCCAAAUGAUAAUUAUCCAGUCAUCUUGACAACAGAUGCAUCGAAAGUUGGUAUUGGAGGAACCUUACAACAGAACAUUAAUGGUGAAAUUAAAAAUCUUUAUUAUCAUUCACAAGUAACAUCUUCUACUCAAAGGAGAUAUGAUCCGAUUGAAUUAGAAGCACUAGCAAUAUGGAUGUGUUUCCAACGUAUGCGAUCUUAUUUAUUAGGAAGAUCAAUUAUCAUUUACACUGAUCAUUGUCCAUUAUGUAAUAUGAUGAAUUCAACAGUGAAGAACCGAAGAGUUGAUCGUAUAUCAAUAUUAUUACAAGAAUUUAAUAUCGAAAAAAUUAUCCAUAUUAAAGGUCAACACAAUUGUUUAGCUGAUUACCUAUCCCGUCAUCCAAUUCCAAGAGAAGAGGAAAUAUUUGAUGAAGAUUAUGGUAUUGCUAAACGUGAUAAAAGGGAACCGACUGUUAUGGGUCGUGUUCCUGAUGAAAUUCCUCCACUAGCUGGAGCUAUCAUAACAUUACCACCAAUAGAAGAAGAAACUGAUCAAAUGAAAGAAGAUCCAUCACAAAUUAUUGCAAAAAAUAUACUGGAUAUGGAACGAUUAAAAAUUGAACAAGGAAAAGAUUCGGAUAUUCAACACAAAAUUGCAGAAGUUAUGAAAAAUCCAAUUAAAAGUACUUAUGAAUUCAAAGAUGGUUUAUUAUAUAAGUUAAUGAUUAUGCGUGAAGGUUGUAAUACGAAGAAAAAAUUAAUUUAUUUGCCUUCAUCUUUAAUUAAUGAUCUUUUACAAGUUUAUCAUAGUGAUCCUCUUAGUGGUCAUUUUGGAGUUCAACGAACAUAUUUAAAAAUUAAAAAUAAAUAUUGGUGGCCGAAUAUGAAGCAAUCUAUUACACAAUCCAUGUCUUCUAACUAA